AAUAAUAAUAAUAAUAAUAAUAAUAAUAAUAAUAAUAAUAAUAAUAAUAAUAAUAAUAAUAAUAAUAAUAAUAAUAAUAAUAAUAAUAAUAAUAAUAAUAAUAAUAAUAAUAAUAAUAAUAAUAAUAAUAAUAAUAAUAAUAAUAAUAAUAAUAAUAAUAAUAAUAAUAAUAAUAAUAAUAAUAAUAAUAAUAAUAAUAAUAAUAAUAAUAAUAAUAAUAAUAAUAAUAAUAAUAAUAAUAAUAAUAAUAAUAAUAAUAAUAAUAAUAAUAAUAAUAAUAAUAAUAAUAAUAAUAAUAAUAAUAAUAAUAAUAAUAAUAAUAAUAAUAAUAAUAAUAAUAAUAAUAAUAAUAAUAAUAAUAAUAAUAAUAAUAAUAAUAAUAAUAAUAAUAAUAAUAAUAAUAAUAAUAAUAAUAAUAAUAAUAAUAAUAAUAAUAAUAAUAAUAAUAAUAAUAAUAAUAAUAAUAAUAAUAAUAAUAAUAAUAAUAAUAAUAAUAAUAAUAAUAAUAAUAAUAAUAAUAAUAAUAAUAAUAAUAAUAAUAAUAAUAAUAAUAAUAAUAAUAAUAAUAAUAAUUUUUUUUUUUUUGCGGGUCAAGAUGGGAAAAUGCGUUACGCAUCUAACGAGAUCGUCAAGCUCGUCGUAUGCCGGACUCAUUUGUUACCGGCUAAAAACCCACCUCGUGCCAUCAUCGGGGAAUUUUACCACCUCGGAACCGUUUCCACAUUACUUCGAGGUGGCCCCCUCUAUGGUAAUUAA